AUGUUUUUCACCCUUGUUAAAGACUGUAACGCGAACACCAUUCUUGACGUUGGCGAACUUUCGGAAUCUUGUUUAACUCAAAUAGCUAAUGCGUGCAAUUUCACUCCAAAUAACAUCGUUUUAUGUUCACCGAACUACAAAAAAUCCCUAACUCCCGACGAAGAUCCGUUUCAAAUUGAACCAAAUCUAAAACUAAACUAUAGACCGCAGCGUUUUCCACCACCUCCAUAUUUCCUUCUCCAGAAUUUAUCUGAAACCCCGCCAUACUUUUGCGUUGGUGUCAAUGUUAAAACCCAAACAGAUAUAGAAUUCCCAAAGAUUUUUGUUCCUCUCACCAAAAACGAAUGCAGAACACUCCCUCUUGAAGAAUUCAUCCAUAAAUGCUCCAACGCUUUCGGAUAUGAUAAUAGCGAGCAAGAAAUUUAUAUAGGCGAUUUUAAAUGCGAAUCCGAAAUAACAAUCAAACAAAUGAUAAGAGCGGCCUUGGAAAAUAAACUUAUUUUCAAAACGCUUUUGACACAAACAGAGCUCCGUCCCAUCCAGCACAGGAUCUACUUAUGCGAGCAGCUCGUAGAAUCCGAGGAAUUCUACAUCAACACGCUUGAUACGAUGACAAAAUACUGGGAACCGAAUUUCAAGGAUACAAAGAUGUUUACAGAAGAAGAAAUGAAAGAACUCUUCAGAUUAAUACCGACUAUGAAAGAAGCUCAUCAAAGUUUCCUUGAUGCUCUCAAAUCAACACCAAUCUCAUUCGCCCAGACAGUUUGCGACACGUUUUUGAACUACAUACCAUAUUUCAAGGUUUCCAAUCCAUUUAUUUCGAACUACCGCUCAAUGGAUAAAUGGUAUCAAGAAAAACUCAAGGAUAAAGAGUUCGGCAAGAAAUAUUUGGAGAUAGAAAGCAAGUGCCCAGAUGACACAGGCAGAUCCUUCUCCCAGUAUUGCGUAUCUCCAAUUCAACGUUAUCCAAAAUAUAAUCUUUUACUUAGGGAUAUGGAUAAGAAGACACCAGCCUUCCAUCCAGAUAAAAGAUAUUUACAGUACACAUUACAGCAACUCGCAGAAGUUAUUGGUCAAUUCAAUAUUAACUCGUUAAGAAUGGACCAGACUUAUCUAAUGAACCAGAUUCAGAAGGAGCUUGGAUCAUCAUUCAAACUCAUUACUCCGCGACGUAAUUUGAUCAUGAGUUGCGCUGUAAAUAUCGAAGAUAUGGAUGAUACAAACGGUUUCUUCCAUUUAUUCAACAAUAUCUACUUGAUUACAACACAAAAUGAUCGUACGCAAACAGUUCUCUCUCAACAUCCGCUCUACGAACUGAAAUUCCUCGAAAAAGGAGAUUCAUUGAUCGUAUCUAGUGAUAUCAAGCACACACUGAAAUUCAAACAGCCCGCUGAGAUUCCACGUCUCUUAGACCACUUGAUUACCAGCAUUCCACCAACAUUAUCCGAAAUUAAAUGCGAUGAUAAUUAUAUUGCAUGGACAGUCAACGAAACAGACAACCUUGCAAUGACCAAACACAUCGGCGCAGUCAUCGGCAACAAGAUUUUCUGGAUAGGAGGCCGCGAUGCCAAAGAUAUUCUUUCUACAGAGUACGUUUCCUUCGAUACAACAAACAAUGAGUGGCUAAGAGUCAAAUGCCCACUUCCUCCAAGACAAGGCCACUCAGUAGGUGUCAUAGGAAACACUGCUUACGUACUUUUCGGAAAGACAUACGAUAAUAUGGCUUCUGACUUAUGGAAAUUCAACGGAGAAACUGAAGAAUGGUCCGAAAUCACCAUAUCCGGAGAGUUUCCAACUGCCAGAUGGAGCCAAAGUUGCGUUGUCUGGAGAAACAAGUUAGUUUUCUUCGGAGGAAUGACAACAGACCAGAAAUUCCUCAACACAGUCACUAUUUAUGAUCCAGAAUCGAACACGAUGUCACAGAUCGAGACAAAGAACGCUCCAAUUGGAAGAUGCUUCCACGGAGCAGUCAUGAUUGAUGACGAUCGAAUGAUGAUUGUUGGUGGAAAUGCGGGAAAGAUGUUUCCAUCAGAUUUCGACAUUCUCGACUUGAAUACAAAAGAAUGGUGUUCUGUUGAUACUCCUAAAGAAGACAUGAAGAUCAUGGGAGUCAAUUUCACAUGUUUGAAAUAUGGAAGAUUCGUUUAUGUAUUUGGUGGAUCUCUUAUUUCAUCAAACAUUGCUCCUUUCGCUAUUGACACGAUCACAAUGAGAUCAUUCAAGUUAGUACAGUUCGGAAACAGCCCAGAUGCACACAUUGACAGUGCAUUUGCUAUAAAGGAUAGCAUUGUUUACAUGUUUGGAGGAAAGGAAUCAUUGACAUGCUCAAGAAACAUUCCUCUCGUUUACCAGACAGAUUUACAGCCUGGUCAAAGAGAUAUUGAAGGUGAUGACCCAAUGUUUAUUGUUCCUCCAACAAGUAACUUAGCAUAA